AUGCGGAUCUCGAUACGGGAGCAGCUUGGGCUGCUUGUCCUCUUUUGUUCGCUUAUGUCUCUUAUGGUGUUGGCCCUGGCUGUCUGGUUUCAAAAUUACAGCUUCAUCACGAACAUUAGACUGUCCGGCUUAUCUCUGGCGGCGUCUCUGAAAUCGGCACAAAUCUCGAGUGCCUUGCUAUUACUCGAUUCGCAGUCGAGACUAAUCAGCACGCGACUUUUGAUACAAAGUGCAUUGGGAAGAUACAACUCUGGGAACACAAGCAAUGAGAACUGGUCGCGGUCUGUCAGUGACUUUCAGGGCGCCCUUGCCAACGGCAGCACCCUUGUUCAGGCCAUUCUGUACCCCAACGCAUUUGAUGGCAACCAGACUGCAGUUGACGGCUUGCUCAAUGUCACGGCGAGUGGCUUGAACGGAACCAUCAAGCUGCCCUACAACUACCCAAACGGUUCAGCGGUGUAUUUGGGGGAUCCUGGCUGGGGAUAUCCGCCAUCACUGUAUCCUAACUUGACAUAUGGCUCUCCAAAGCCGGGAACCAACUUCUCCACCAUUUACUACCAGGGUCGAAUCGUCGAUCCCGACGACACGCUGUUUCUGGGGCCCCUAGUCAUCAACGAGACCUACUCUCUCUUGUCAUUGACGGUGCCGCUGAUCAACAACACGUCUCGCUCAGAUGUACUUGGUUGGAUGACUGUGGUCGCCAACACCGAUCUGAUCUUCGCCAUUCAGCAGUCACCUGAGGGAUUGGACAAGACCGGAGAGACCUUGGUAAUAGGACCAGCCACGCCGAAUAAUCAUUUUGAUCAGCAAAUCCGUGGCUCCAGCAAGGAAUAUGCCGCGGAACAAAACGUCAGGUUUAUCUUGCCGCCCGCAAGCAACGCAACUCUAUCUAAUCGUCACCAAGCACGGAGUGGCAUCAACAAUUCCUCCGAUCCAUUCCGCAUGUCACAGUACCCGGCCGUCGUAUCAGCCUGGACCAAACAAAACAAGGCGAUCAACAAUGCAGGUGCAUACAUUUCUACGCGCAACGAGGAUGGAACCAAAGUCUCUGCUGGGUACGCAACGCUGUCCACAAGAUAUCUUGACUGGAUCGUGGUGGUAGAACAGUCACACCAUGAAGUCGUGGAGCCUAUCCUUCACCUGCGUGAUGUUGUUCUGAUCUGUGUCUUCUCCGUGACGGGCCUCCUUCUCCUCGUCAUGUUCCCCAUGGCUCACUAUUCUAUCACCCCAAUCCGCCAGCUAGCCGCAGCCACAGCUAAAACCGUGGAGCCCUACCAGCCAGAUGAUAACAGCGAGUAUUCGAGCACUUUGGGUCAGCGAGAGGCAGAACAGGAAGACAAUCUGGGCGCAGAUGAACGAGAAGUCGCGCGGAAGGAAGGCUUUCUUGGUGUGCUCACCAGGAUCACAAAGUCCAGGCAAUCGGAACGGUCGAACACUCCACGGCGGCGCAGAACGUUCAGGAUACCGCGGAAAGUUCCGGAACGCAAGCAUUUUAUCACCGAUGAACUGACUGAGCUUACGCGAACGUUCAACGAAAUGUCUGACGAAUUGACGAUGCAAUAUGAACGCCUCGAAGAAAGAGUCAGGGAACGCACAGCGGAGCUCGAGAAGAGCAAGAAAGCUGCCGAAGCCGCUAAUCAGAGCAAGACCCUUUUCAUUGCUAACAUAUCGCACGAAUUGAAAACACCGCUCAACGGUAUCCUGGGCCUCACGACCGUCUGCAUGAACGAAGAUGAUUUGGGACGGAUACGCUCGACCCUCAACACCAUUUACAAGUCGGGGGAUCUGCUGCUUCAUUUGUUGACGGACCUGCUAACUUUCAGCAAAAAUGAGGUCGGCCAACAGCUUUCGAUCGACGAAGCUGAAUUCAGGUUGAGUGAUCUGAGCACCCAGCUAAUACCAACGUUUGAGAAACAAGCCAGAGAGGCGCAGGUGGAUCUCAAGGUGCUUUUCCUCGGCACAAAUGACGCCUUUGGGGACUCGUCGGACGCUUCAGGCGAGAAGCUAUAUGGGCCUGUUGGAACAGGUCGUGUUCGAGACAUGUGUUUAUGGGGCGACAAGAAUCGAAUCCUGCAAGUCUUGAUGAACUUCGUCAGCAACAGUUUGAAGUUCACACCAGCACAUGGCUCGGUUACUGUUCGAGUGCGAUGCACGGGGCUCGUCGAAAACAUUCCGAGUCGAGCCGGCAGCGCACGGAAAUCGUCACUGGCUUCCCGGAAGUCCAAAUCGUCCAGUAACAAGCGCGUGCGGAUGUCGAAUGGCUCCCUGGUCGCUCCCGAAACCGGAGAACACGAGAAGAAUCACUCCAACUCUAAUUCUGGCGAGGACUCGAAACUUAGCAUUACCGUGGCUGGUGGUACUACUCACAUCUCCAAGGUCGCUGAGAGGCAGAGGUCGAUGUCACCACCUCCCGUGAACACAAAAGAUUUGAGCUUUGAAUUCGAAGUUGACGAUACCGGGCCUGGCAUUCCGCCCGAACAACAGAAAAUGAUCUUCGAGCCCUUCGUACAGGGCGACCUAGGUCUCAGCAAGAAAUAUGGAGGGACUGGACUUGGCUUGAGUAUCUGUGCUCAACUAGCAGCGCUGAUGGGGGGCGAUAUCUCUCUUGACAGUAAAGUCGGUGUCGGCAGCAAGUUCACUAUGCGCAUUCCUCUACGCUAUGUCGCCGAACGGUCACCGUCAAUGGCAUCCUCAAUGCACAGAUCGCUCUCGAAGGCUAGCAGCCUGGUCGGGCAGCCCUUACAUGACUCACCGCCUGAAUCAACGAUGCACAACCAUACCGGCUCCACGACAUCUCUGCCGUCUACCCGGGACGACCAACCCAAACUGGCGGACGUACCACGGAUCGUUGGCUUCACUCAGCCUUACGUCGCCAAGGAGACGAAAAGCACCAAUUCGCCCGAAGCCAAGCUCAAUGAGAUGAAGAAAGUAGAAAACGAGGCUGCUCAGAAGGGUCGAAAGGUCCGUGUGCUUGUCGCCGAAGACAACCAGAUCAACCAGGAAGUGGUGCUGCGUAUGUUGAGGCUAGAAGACGUCUAUGACGUUACCAUUGCCAAAGACGGACAAGAAGCAUUCGACAAAGUUCGAGAAUCCAUGGUGAGCGGACAAAGAUUCGAUCUGGUGUUCAUGGAUGUGCAGAUGCCAAAUCUUGACGGCAUUCAAUCAACCAAGCUCAUUCGAGAGAUGGGAUUUACAUCGCCUAUCGUUGCACUUACGGCAUUCGCCGAGAAGUCCAAUGAGGACGAGUGUAUGGCUUCCGGCAUGGAUUACUUUCUGGCCAAGCCGAUCCGACGACCGGCGCUCAAACAAGUCCUGAAGAAGUAUUGCGCUACGAUUCCGGAAGAAGAAAAUGAAGGCAGCUCAACUGCUGUGACUCGCCUGGGACAAAAUCAGGAACCGCACUUGAACAAUGGUCAACUGCCACGGAGACGACCUGAUACUGGAAUUGUAGACACUGACGAUGUCUCGCCUCUAUCAUAA